AUUUCUUAUAUAUACGAAUAUUGUAUCAUGUUUGCCUUCCAUAGAUUUCUUUAAAAAAAAUAAUUAAAACUAUAAACAAACAAAAUGAAAUUCCAUGCUUUUUCACAAAACUGUUAUAAUUCUUCAUAUCAUGAAGUAGAAGAAGAAGAAAUCAUGUGCGAAGCAAACGAUAUUCCGCGAGAUUACACGUGGUUAGAACUCAAAGAAUCGGAUAGCUUUUGGGGAGAGAACCUCGAUAUGGUUGCCUGCUUUUGCAACUGCCAAGAUAUCUGUUCUGGUGACUGCAACAAAUACAACGAAAUUUAUUGCACAAAUGAUUACGACAACAAUAACAACAACAAUGAUAACGUUAACAACAGCAACUGCAAAAAUACCAAUAAAUUUAUCACGAAUAGUUCUGAAGACAGUGUGUCAAUAGAACUUAAUGGAAGCAACAGAAUUAGUCAUCAUGCUUUGACGACAAUGUCUAAAGGACAUUCUACUCCGAGUGAUGCGUUUAACUCGGUGUUAUUGGAAAAAAAUUAUCCGGUCUUUUUUUAUAAGAAAUCUUCCCCGGUUAAAUGGGGAUCAGAAAGUACGGUUUCUCCUGGUAAACCAUCGUCUGUCGACCAAUCAAAGGUUACAGCGAAUACGCAACCUCAACGAGUUCGUCACAUCAAACAACGAUUUCAGCAACAUCACUGCAGCCAUUGCCCAAAAAACGUUGAAACUAUAACCACAGCAGCAAAAACAACAGUAACAACAACUACAGCAGCAACGACAACAAUAACAACAACAGCAGCAGCAGCGACGACGACGACGACGACUGCAGCAAAGGCAACAGCAUUAACACCUAAACGCCAAUCUUCAGUUCUUCCAAAGACGUAUGCUUCGGAUGAAGCUAACAUUGUUGAAAAUAGGCUCGUCAAGGAUGUUACGCGUACAAAUUCAUCGUCGCUGAUCAAGACCGGAACUACAUGUGUGAGUAAACGGAAGUAUGUAAGUAUAGUGCCAAACAAUACCGUACCGAUGAAAUCUGGUGCCAGUGACGAGAAACUAGUUAAGUCUUGCAAUUCUUCCGGAGACAACGAAACAUUUGAGGGAGGAAAAGACGUGUUGAAAAAGCGUAGAAUCGCGGCCAACGCUCGUGAACGACGGCGCAUGAGCAGUUUGAAUGUGGCUUUCGACAACCUGCGAGCUGUGGUACCGGCUCACGGGAAAAUGUCCAAGUAUGAUACGUUGCAAUUGGCGCAGGUUUACAUAAUGAAACUUCGCGAAAUUCUUGAAGUGUGAAAAAAAAUUGUCAGCUAAAAACGGUAAGGAAUACGAAAACAGCAGCAAGAACAAUAGCACCAACAGCAGCAACAACAUCAGCAACAGCGGAAGGUAAGUUGCAUGAAGUGACUGUUAACUAAAGUAUAUUUAUCACCAUGCCCAUCACACUGACAUUGGAUUGGCAGUGAGACUAACAGCAAUAACAACAAAACUCACUGAUGGAAAGAAAGAAGGAAAGAAAGAAAGAAGGAAAGAAAGAAAGAAGGAAAGAAAGAAAGAAAGAAAGAAGGAAAGAAAGAAAGAAAGUAUUAUACAAUAUUAAUGUGUACAAAAAAAUUUGCUUUGUUUUAACGAUGAAAGGACGAUAAAUCAACGGAAUCGGUUGACCAUCGAGCAAAAUACUUCACGGGUAUAUCCGUAUAUAUUUUUAGUUCAGUUUCUGCCAGAAGUGAUUUUCUCCCUUUCAUCCUUCCUUGGUCAAUAAUCUAAAGAACAAUCAAGUUACCGAAGAGGCAAUCCUCUUAAAAAUGUGCGGUCUUGUGCUUAUAACAAAAGUUACUAUUUUUAAGGAUUAAACAAAGACAUUCACAAGCAAUCAUUGACCUUUUGUCACCAUAUUUCUGUUGAAAUAGA